AUGGCAGCAACGGCAAGGCGCACUCUGCUCCUAUGUGUCAACGAUAUCAGAGCCACUGGUUCCUCCAGUACAGCAACUAACCUCAGUAAAACGGUCCCCCACAAACACCUGGUCUUCCGCCAAUCACGGGUCAGACCAUGGAUUGUUUCGGGCCGGCAAGACAUUCGACACUUUACAUCUUCGCGGGCAGGAUGGCGUGAAGCAAUCUCAUCGUCAUCAGCAGGUAACGACGACCAACCCGUUAUUGACCGGACGAGGUCGAAACUGUUCAAGGAUGCCGACGAGGCUGUGGCGGACCUUAGAUCCGGCUCGAUGAUCUUCAGUGCUGGAUUUGGUCUUUGUGGGACGGCUGAAACCAUUAUAACAGCAAUGCACAAGCGCGGCGUCGAGUCGCUCAACAACCUCACGGCGGUGUCGAACAACGCUGGUGCGGCAGGCGCCGGCGGACUUUCGCCCCUAACGCAGUCGGGCCAAAUCACUCGAUGUAUCCUCUCUUAUUUGGGAAACAACAAGAAGCUCGAACAGAAGUACCUGAACGGCAACAUCGCCAUUGAAUUGUGUCCACAAGGAACACUGGCGGAGCGGAUCCGUGCCGGUGGAAGUGGCAUUCCCGCAUUCUACACGCCAACCGGUGUCCACACGUUCAUCCAGACUGGCGAAAUCCCAACAAGGUUAGGGCCAGCUGAUCCAGAGACGAAAAAGGCGAGCGUGCUGGAAGCGGGAAAGCCACGGGAGACAAGGAUCUUCAAUGGCAGAACGUAUGUCAUGGAAACAGCGUUGACCGCCGACGUUGCCAUCAUCCGCGCCUGGAAGGUCGACGAGGCCGGCAAUUGUCAGUUCAGAUACACAACCAAGGCUUUCGGCACCAUUAUGGCUAAAGCUGCUAGACUUACAAUUGUGGAAGCCGAGAAUAUCGUGCCUACGGGUUCCAUAGAUCCUAAUGACGUCCACCUCCCUGGCAUUUACGUGGACCGCAUCGUGCCCGCCACCGUGGACAAAAAGCUCGAAAUUAAAAAGACUCGGUCUGCCAGCGACGAAGAAGGGUACUCGUCCGACUCGUCAAUGGCCAGUGACAAAUCCGAAGCCCUUGCCCGGAGAGACCGCAUCGCCCGUCGCGCCGCAAAGGAACUCAAGCACGGCAUGUACGUCAACUUGGGUGUAGGAAUGCCUACGUUGGCACCUUCGUUCCUACCGAGUGAUGUCAAAGUAUGGAUUCAAUCCGAGAACGGCAUUCUAGGAAUGGGGCCUUACCCGACCGAGGACGAAGUCGACCCGGACAUCAUCAACGCUGGCAAGGAGACGGUCACGCUCGUGCCGGGGGCAUCGACGUUCGACAGCUCCGAGAGCUUCGGCAUGAUCCGCGGCGGCCACGUCGACGUGUCUAUCCUGGGCGCCCUGCAGGUCUCGGCAGCGGGUGACCUGGCCAACUACAUGAUCCCGGGUAAAGUGUUCAAGGGUAUGGGCGGCGCCAUGGACCUCGUCUCGAACCCCAACCAGACCAAGAUCGUUGUCACUACGGAUCAUGUGGACAAGUACGGCAAAUCCAAGAUCGUCGAGACUUGCUCUUUGCCCCUCACCGGCGCCCGCGUUGUCAGCACCAUCAUCACUGAUCUCUGCGUCUUCCAGGUCGACCGCGUCAAGGGCGCCUUGACCCUCACGGAGCUAGCGCCCGGUGUGUCUGUCGAAGACAUCAAGGCCAAGACCGAUGCCAAGUUCGCGGUUGCCGAUGACAUCAAGUCGAUAGAAUGA